GAGGUGGGCCGCACCUGCUGCUAAUUGGUGUCGCCGUCCGUCCGUGUGUUCCGCAAGUUGUUCUGUCAACAAUGUCGACAACAUUCUCGGAAAUGAUUCAACUACACGGUUGGAAUGUUGUCUGUCUAUUGUUUGUCGUGCACUGGAAAGCACGCCGUCCAACUGGGAGUUGGGCUGCCGAGUGAACUGCGCUAGCAGUGAGUCGCAGCAGCAGAGGUGGAGACAGCUUGAUCAAGUGACACAGCAGGGGCUGACUGACAUCACCAGUGGAAGCCAGGCUUGACAGGAUGCCGACGGCUCUCAGGACGCUCAUGCUGCUGCUCUGUCUCCAGGCCAUUCUGGGGGAGGGACCCUGCACCCAGUGGACAUCCUGUGGAAGCAGAGUGGUCCGCUGCGAAACCUGUGAACCAGGCUACCGUCUGCUGACGGCUUGUGGAGAAGACCCUGCCGUGCUGUGCGCUCCAUGUGAUGAGGGAACCUUCUCGGUGGACCCGAGGGCCAUGAGGUGUCAGAGGUGUACACAGUGUGUGGGGGCCCAGGUUCAGCUGAAGGCCUGCACACGUGCAUCCGACACACAGUGUGGCUGCAAAGAAGGACUCACCUGUGGAGACGCUGGCUGCUCCUUCUGCGUGGAUCUGUGUGGGCGAGGCACGGAGCCGCAUGAAAGAGAGUGCAGGCCCUGUCCGCCCGGAACAUUCAACGAUCAGAUCCACCAGAAGUGUAAACCAUGGAGCAGCAGAUGUCCGGACUCUGAGGAGAUGGUGGGGAAAGGAGACGCCUUCUCUGACAUCAGAUGUAACACCACUGCUCUUCACAAGACAAAAUCCAAAGGGUCCGACCAGUCUGACAGGGUGGCGCUCUUCGCUCUGGGCAUGAGUGUCGCCCUGAUGGUCUUCAUCGUCGUCGUCAUCUUCCUCAUCCUCAUGGUGAAAAUGUCCCGUAAAAAGAAGAGAGUCACUUUGAAGACGACGAAAACGACCAUCGUCAGAACCCCCACAGAUGGACCGCAGACCCUGAUCGCCACUGAAUCCAGUUUCCACGAAGCCGAACAAGAGCAAGGCAACUCUGACUCCACUGAACAGCUGAUCCUGUGAAGGGAUUGUUGCCAUAAGUAGAAAAGGAAGAAGGAAGCGGUGAACUCCAAACAUCCCAUUAUUCAUGAUGACAGCUGGCGGAGACAGAGAAAGAAGAAAGAAUUCAGGGGGAGUCCAGAUAAGUUUUGCGCUGAUAAAUAUGCUGGUUCCUCUUUCCCUUUACUUUGCCAGUUUCACUUUAAAAACCUCGCGUGACUUCUUCAGCGCACCACGCUCUCCUGUCCAAAACGGUUUGGGUUGCACUCGUUACACUUUCUUUAGUUGCGACUGUUCCUGCAGGUCCCAACAAGACGUGCUUGGUGACUCAGCUCACUCCCACAAACGUGAGUCAGGCAGUCUGGCUGUGACUCUUUACCUUUUGGGAAGAGGUGACGGGCAGUUUCACUCAUUCAACUUUGAUAACUGCAGAUUAGAGCACAUCUGAAGGGGGGGGCUGAACCUGAGCGCAGGUUCCCAUCUAUGCUCAUGAAAUGUGGGCCGCUGUAGACGCGCUGCCCACCUACAUGGAAACCUCCAGUGGCUGCCUGAGUCACCUUGCAAACCCACUGUAGCAGCCCAACAUUUCCACUUCGAGACAGUCAGCUUUAAUGUGUCGAGACGUCUUUAAAAAACGUGCUUUAUUUCAAAAUGUACAUUUCAAAGUGGUCCAACCAUGUCGUAACGCAGGUGGAUGCUAAAGGGUGAGGAAAGAGUGCAGGACACUGAGCAGCCACACAAGCUUGUUUCACGCCACAAAUGACACACACGUCAUGUGGUUGUGUUGACACAGUCGCCACCAGGUUUCACACACACGCAGCUUACUGUCACUCCAAUCUUGACUUGAUACGAUCAUAUGACUGAUGGAUCAAAAAUAGAACUUACUUAAUAAACAUCAGGCUUGGAGCAGUUGAUCAAGAUCAGUGAUUCAUUCACUGCCAGUAGCCUGUGACUCAUGUAUGACUCAUGUGUGUGUGAAGCCCCACGCGAUCGCUAACCUUUCUAUUGGCCUUGCUGACAUGUUCCAGUUUCUCUCCUUUGUGUCGAUACUGACGUCAUGUGGUCCAAGGGUCACCGCUGUGUUUAGUGUUGCCUGGAAGGAAGCUACGGUUGUGAGAACACGCCACCUAACAGGUAUGAAGGUGUGGUGCUUCUGAUAAUCAGCUGCAGGAGAUCUUCUCACGUGAACCACCUACGGUGCUAGAAGGUGAAGCAGGUGGAGAACUGUCUCAGAGUUCCCAAGUGAGAAAUCCACUAUGGCCGCCUGAGCAAGUCAGCCUCAGGUUUAGUUUCUGUCAGUUACUGCUGCUUGCAAUUCUCCCUUUUUUCUUUGGGCUUGCUGCGUCCUGCUUGGUCUGCUUGUCUCUUGGUGGGCGGGAUGAAGGUGGGCUCGUGCAGGAAGUCGGUGUGAGCCAUGGGAGGUGAGCAGCAGGUGGUCCCUGGAUCAGAGAGGGCGGGGUCAGCGUGGCUCACACUUGCUGCCAGACUGGUGAAGUGGCGCUCAUGUUACCCGUUUCUUCCGUUCUGUCUGUGCUUCGCCUCCUCGCCUGGAAAGUGGGGUCGAGCUCUUCUGCGAUAUUUCGGAUCGGCUGCGACGGCCUGGAAACAGAAGGGGCAGCGCUGACUGCUCAGACCAGUAACAGUGUUUUGACAGCAGCGCCUUCAACCUUCCAGUAAACGCUGGUGAGGUCCACUUUAACACUUGAAAGUUGAAUGUUGGUCUCAUCACUUACGUGGCAGGGAAUUUCCUUCCAAAAGUGGAUCAGCCAAAUUAGAUAGCUGUUUUCACUCUGCGUAAUCUCUGCCUAGUCAAAUGCCUUGAUCUCUUCAAGAUAAAAGAAAGGUCAAACUGGUUUCAUCACGCGUCACUGGUCACUUUGCUUCCCCGCUCUGAGGUGUGCUGCAACAUGGAACUGUUGGCUUGUGUUUGUUCUCGUCCGACCAGGCCAUCGACUGAGGGAAUCCAAGCCCACAGUACUUCACAAGUGCUACUAUCAAAGAGCCGAGUCCCACUAUGCACUGCGACAGUUGAUCUCUAAACUGCUACAUUUCUCUGAAUUCAAGUGCCAUUCUUCCACAUGAUUUUGUAGUGACAUCAUGUGAUCUAACAGGACACACACACACACACCUACAUCACCACUGUUUGGGAAAAGUUGGAGUAUGGGACUGAACCGUUCUUCGCUCCGUGAAAUGUUGUUGCCUGCACUGUGUGCAGUGUAUCAGACGCAUGUUGUAACACGCACAGAGAUGCAAGUUGUGCAAAUGUCUCAUGUAAUUACAGUGUAUGUAUUAAAGGAGAUUGAA